GCGCUCGGCUCGAUCGGCAUGACUUUCUAUCAGGAGCUGCAGGCCACGAAUCGAUCAGGCAAUGUGUUUUUUAUAGCCAUAAUAUGGGACUUCUCUCAUGACAAGACCACGCAGCUUCGCUUGAGCCCGCUGGAUGGAGAAACAGCAAAUAUGGCGAGCUAACCGGGUUGUGCGGGAGCGGAAGGAGUGUGUGUGCGUAUGAUUUUUGUGUGUGAGGUCAUUGCACGCUAUGAUGCAGCAGAAGCGCAACAUUCAGAUCAUCGAAUGGGAGGAUCUGGACAAGAGGAAGUUCUACUCGCUGGGCGUCUUUAUGACCAUGACCACACGGGCCGUCGUGUACCCCUUCACCCUGAUCCGCACCAGACUGCAGGUCCAGAAGGGGAAAUCGCUCUAUAACGGCACCUUUGACGCCUUCUUUAAGAUUCUGAAGGCCGAGGGGGCUCGAGGCCUUUAUCGAGGGUUCAUGGUCAACACGUUCACGCUGAUCUCAGGUCAGGCGUACAUCACUACCUAUGAGUUGGUACGAAAAUACGUGUCCUGUUACUCGUCCAAUAACACGGUCAAGUCUCUGGUGGCUGGCGGCGCAGCUUCACUGGUGGCGCAAAGCAUCACGGUACCCAUCGACGUGGUGUCCCAGCAGCUGAUGGUGCAGGGUCACGGGUGUCAGCUCACACGCUUCAAACUCAAGCCCAAGAUGGUGAUGGCCACGUCCAAACAAAAACUGACAUUUGGCCAGACCAGAGACAUUGUGGUUCAGAUUUUUCACGUGGAUGGAUUUCGGGGCUUUUAUCGGGGAUAUGUGGCAUCGCUACUCACCUACAUACCCAACAGCGCUGUCUGGUGGCCAUUUUAUCACUUUUAUGGAGAGCAGCUCUCCAGACUGGCUCCAGCGGACUGUCCUCACCUCCUCCUCCAGGCCGUUGCGGGACCGAUGGCUGCAGCUACCGCCUCCACCCUCACCAACCCCAUGGACGUGAUCCGAGCCCGAGUACAGGUUGAAGGUCGCUCCUCUAUAAUAGAGACGUUUAGGCAGCUCCUGGCUGAAGAGGGCGUGUGGGGUCUCACUAAGGGUCUGUCGGCACGCAUCAUUUCUUCUACGCCCACUUCGGUCAUGAUCGUCAUCGGUUACGAGACACUAAAGAGACUCAGUCUGCGGCCUGAACUGGUGGACAGCAGACACUGGUGAAACACACAUACCUCAGCCUUUUAAACAGAUGCCUUUUAUUAUUUUCACAUUUUAUGAGGACCAGGCAAUAAUUGGCACUCAGAUGUGAAGCUAUAUUUCCUUUCUCCCUUUUGGUGGAUUUUGUAUAUUUUGUAACCUGUGAAAUCAGUUGUGUGCGUCCGGCCCAAGCCAGUAUUUUGUAAUGAGACAUCAUGGAACUCCUUAUUUGCCGUCGCUGAAGUGAAAUCAUUUUGAAAUUGUGAAUUUGACUCAUGCAGUGCUCUUCACUUCAUCUGACAGGAAGUGAGAACAUCACAUCUGUUACAUGGUAGGAAUAAUCAGAACACAAAUGGCUUUUUACACUUGAAACCCUGGGUUGUUUUAGUCAGGUUUGUGCAUUUUUAAACUAGGUUAACAUUAUUUGCAUGUUAUUUACAAGGUUAUUAACAGUGUUGUGCUGUUAUUUAUUUAGUUUGUAUAGUUAGAAACAUACUAAAUGAAUAAUAUUGUCAAUUUUAUUGGACCAGUUUACAUAUUUACAGCGACAGUUUGAGUUAAAUGUUCCCUCAGACACUUGAAUAAAGUGUAAAAGUAUCAAAUAUCAUGUCACUGUGCUCAUGAAUAUUUAAUGAGGCAAGAAUUGACUAAACAUGUACCUGAGAUUUCCAUAGUCAUGAAAAAUCUGGAAAUAUUAGUGCAUUUUUAUUUUGAAAUUCAUACCUGGAAAAUUUACACAAAUGUUUAUAGUAAAUACAAAUGUACUACUUAUAUACUAAGCUCAGGUCUUAAAUAUUUAAUAGGCCUGAAACUGUUUUUCAAGUGUAGCUACUGUGCAAUUAUUGUUUGAAUCCUUAUGCAUUGAUCAAAAGAAAUUAUUAAAUCAUGUAAGUUAAUUUUAAAGGUGGCCUUUAUCCAGGGUUAAACACUGUGUGAAAAGUCUUGUGAGAAAAGUUAGAAAGCAUCACGUUCUCUUGAAAUAUUUCAGCCUGAAUCUUCUUUGGACUGUCAUAUUUUCUGUUUUUAUCAUGCCUUGUUUCUAACCUUCAGAAAAAACUGUUUUGGGGCCAAAGCUUUUAAAUGAGUUUA